AGCCAAGGUAGAGAUCCGCGGCGCUCAGAUAUACGCGAAUGGGAAUACUCGUAAGGGCAACUCCUCUUUGUCUCAUCUCCGUAGCAUCCCUGUGGAACGGAAGAUGCGUGGAGGCGCGUACUUCUUACCACAUGUGGCAACCGAUGUUGUUGUUUGUGCGUUCGUGAAUUAAUUGCAGGGCACUGCUCGCAUCCGCAUUCGUUCUGCUGGUAACUCAAAUUUCACUACUGCCAGCUCGCCUCAUUAUGCCGCAUAACGACAGGGGAAAAUACAAAGAGGACGAGGCGCACAUGAUACGCAAUCACGGGCUCUGCAACAUCUGGUCUCGCCUUUUGUGCCGGAAUAGUCGGUUCAAUGCUACCAUCAAGCCCAUUCGAUGCUGUCAGAAGCGUGACUCCCGUGAGAUACACUACCUUGCCGCUGCACCACACACACACCGCUUUCGUAUGUGCACUGUAUGCGGGGUGCGUUUUCAGCUGGUAGGGAUAGGCUCUUGAGGGUUUGCGGUGGGUGUUUCGUUGCACUUGUUAUUUCGAGGCUUAUUAUGAAGCCUAG